AUGCUAGAUGGAGGCGGGCAUGUACAUAUAAGGCACAUCACCCCCUCUCCGUUGGUCAAUGUGGGAUGUUACAAUCCACUUCCCUUAAGAGCCCGAAGUCCUCGUCGGCACAUUUGCACCACACGGCAGAGUGGCUAUGAUACCAAAUUGUCAUAUCCAGGGAUUGGCUUCGCCGUAACACGAUAUUGUCCACUUUGGCCCCCCCUCUUUGCCUUCACGGUUUUGUUUCUGGGAACUCACGAGCAACUUCCUAAUAGGUCACCCAUUCUGGGAUUGCUCUAUCCCCAACUCGCUUACCUUCGAAAUUCUCAUGACUCCGAAGCCAAUGAGCUCCCAAAAGGCCUCGUGCUAGAUAGAGGCGGAAUGGAUUCGAAAAGAGACGAAGUUGGGGUUUGGAUUUGGGUAGAGAAGAAAAUAGAGAGGAAGAGGAAGAACUGGGUUUUGAGGGCAAAGUUGUGA